AUGAGCAGCGCACGCCGCCACGACCUGCAGAGACCGCCCCCCCGCCACGACCUGCAGAGACCGCCCCCCCCCCCGCCACGACCUGCAGAGACCGCCCGCCACACGGCCUGCAGACCGCCUCUCACCGACCUGCAGAGACCGCCCCGCCGACCUGCAGAGACCGCCCCCUGCCCACGGCCUGCAGAGACCGCCUCCCGCCACGACCUCCAGAGACCGCCGCCACGACCUAGACCGCCCCCCCGCCACGACCUGCAGAGACCGCCCCGCCCACGACCUGCAGAGACCGCCCGCCACGACCUCCAGAGACCGCCCCGCCACGACCUGCAGAGACCGCCCCCGCCGACCUCCAGAGAGCCCCCGCCACGACCUCCAGAGACCGCCCGCAUCACGACCUGCAGAGACCGCCCGCCACGACCUGCAGAGACCGCCCGCCACGACCUCCAGAGACCGCCCCGCCACGACCUCCAGAGACCGCCCCCGCCACGACCUGCAGAGACCGCCCCCCCCGCCACGACCUGCAGAGACCGCCCCCCCGCCACGACCUCCAGAGACCGCCUCACGACCUGCAGAGACCGCCCCGCCACGACCUCCAGAGACUGCCCCCACACGCCCUGCAGAGACCGCCCCCCCGCCACGACCUCCAGAGACCGCCCCCCGCCACGACCUGCAGAGACCGCCCACGACCUCCAGAGACCGCCCCGCCACGACCUCCAGAGACCGCCCCGCCACGACCUCCAGAGACCGCCUCCCGCCACGACCUGCAGAGACCGCCCCCACCACGGCCUGCAGAGACCGCCCGCCACGACCUGCAGAGACCGCCCCCACGACCUGCAGAGACGCCCGCCACGACCUGCAGAGACCGCCCCCCCGCCACGACCUGCAGAGACCGCCCCCCCGCCACGACCUCCAGAGACCGCCCCCCCGCCACGAUCUGCAGAGACCGCCUCCCGCCACGACAUCCAGAGACCGCCCCGCCACGACCUCCAGAGACCGCCCCGCCACGACCUGCAGAGACCGCCUCCGCCACGACAUCCAGAGACCGCCCCCCACGACCUGCAGAGACCGCCUCCCUACCACUACUCCUCCAGAGACCGCCUCCACAACCUCCAGAGACCGCCCCGCCACGACCUGCAGAGACCGCCCCCCCGCCACGACCUGCAGAGACCGCCCCCCCGCCACGAUCUGCAGAGACCCGCCCCGCCACGACCUGCAGAGACCGCCCCCCCGCCACGACCUCCAGCGACCGCCCCCCCGCCACGACCUGCAGAGACCGCCCCCCCCGCCACGACCUGCAGAGACCGCCCCCCCCGCCACGACCUGCAGAACCCGCCCCCCCGCCACGACCUCCAGAGACCGCCCCCCCGCCACGAUCUGCAGAGACCGCUCAGGAGAUGUUACAUCGUGACGAAGAGGAGGAAGACCCUCCACGGAGCAGCCACCUGGGAGUUUGACCUGGCGGCCUCACCCAGUAUGGUCAAAUGA